AAAAAGGUCACCCCUACAACAUAUGCACUCGUCGGCGCGUCGGAGAAAAGCCCCCGGGGCCGGCGCCGCGGCCAACCCCCGGUUCGCCCUCGCGCCCGACGACGCCCCCAAGAAGCUCCCUCGCCGCGUUCGUCCAACCGCGCAGCGGCGACCGCCCCGGCCCCGUCCUCAAGUCCCGCCCGCAGGAGCUCACCGGCGAAGACCAGGUCAAACCAUCUCUCUCCCCCUCUCAUAUUUCGUAUUGCGUGGCGCUGCCUGCGAGUGAGCCAUUUUAGAGGAAAACAUGCCACCACUACGUGAUGAGAUGGUGGCCGUCCGGCGCUACGUGGAGCUGCUGUCGCGGCACCGCGGCGGCGCCGACGCGCGGCCGAUCGCGCGGAUCCAGGCGGCCCUGGUCACGUCGGGCCUGCUCCGGCGCAGCGCGGAGCUCCACGACGCGCUCAUCCGGGCGCUCGCGGGCUCCGGGACGCCGCACGCCGCGCUGCCGCUCUACGCCCACCUCAUCCGCGCGGGCCUCCUCCCGACCCCGCACACCCUCCCCUCCCUCCUCAAGUCGCUCGCCCUCUCCCCCGCCGUCCCCGGCGCGCGCCGCCUCGCGCUCGCCGUCCACGCCCACGCCGUCAGGCUCGGCCUCACGGGGUUCCUCCUCGUGAACAACGCGCUCAUCCGCGUCCACGCGGGCCUGCUCGGCCGCCUCCCCGACGCGCACCUGCUGCUGCGCGCCUCGGCCGCCGUCGACGCCUCCACGUUCAACACGCUCAUCACGGCGCACGCGAGGGCUGGCCGAGUCGCCGACGCCCGCUCGCUGUUCGACGAAAUGCCCGAGAGGAAUGCCGUGUCCUGGAGCGCCAUGGUGAAUGGGUACGUGCAGGCUGGGGACGGGAGGGAGGCGCUGGGGGUGUUCUCUCAGAUGCAGGCCCAAGGUGUCCGCCCGGACGACACGGUUCUCGUCGGGGUGCUUGCCGCGUGCGCGCAGCUGGGGGCUCUGGAGCAGGGGAAGUGGGUGCAUGGUUACCUCAGAGCAAACAAUAUCAGGAUCACCGUGUUCCUGGGCACUGCGUUGGUUGAUAUGUAUGCCAAAUGUGGUGAGGUGCAGCUUGGAAUGGAGGUGUUUGAGGGAAUGAAGGACAAGAAUGUGCUGGCCUGGACUACCAUGAUAAAGGGCCUGGCUAUGCACGGCCGCGGCUCAGACUCCUUGACACUCUUCUCCCAAAUGGAGAGCUCAGGUGUGAAGCCGGAUGACAUUGCCUUCAUUGGUGCUCUCUGUGCGUGCACACACACUGGGUUAGUUGACAAGGGUCGGGAGCUUUUCAAUUCCAUGGUGAGCAACUAUGGUAUUAAACCAAAGAUUGAGCAUUAUGGAUGCAUGGUAGACCUCCUGGCACGGAAUGGCUUGCUGAGUGAGGCCAGAGACAUGGUUGAGAAAAUGCCCAUGAAACCGGAUGCCUUAAUCUGGGGAGCUCUAAUGGCUGGCUGUAGGUUUCACAAGAAUGUGGAGUUGGCUGAGUAUGUUAUAAAGCACUGGAUUGAACUGGAGCCAGACAAAAGUGGUGCUUAUGUACUUUUAGGUAACAUAUAUUCUGCCUCUGGUAGGCAUGCGUCCGCGAGGGAACUUAGGCACCUGAUGCGUGAGAAGGGAGUUGAGAAGACACCUGGAUGUAGCAAUGUGGAGAUUAAAGGAGUUAUCCACCAGUUCAUUGUUGGGGAUCUGUCUCAUCCUCGCAUAAAAGAUAUUUUGACAAAGUGGUAUGAGAUAGAUAGUAGGAUAAGGCUGGAGGAAGGUUACGUGCCUGACAAGAAAGAAGUUUUGCUUGACAUUGAAGAAGAAGAGAUGGAAGGUGCACUCAGCCGCCACAGUGAGAAGCUGGCAAUUGCAUUUGCUUUGAUAAGUACAGAUGAUUAUAUGCCCAUUCGGAUUGUCAAGAACCUCAGAGUCUGCCAAGAUUGCCAUCAUGUCACCAAACUUAUAUCCAAAAUAUAUGGGAGAGAAAUUAUUGUUAGAGACCGAACACGUUUCCAUUUGUUUAAAGAUGGCACCUGUUCGUGCAAGGACUAUUGGUAGUAACUACCAAUGUCUGUCUAAUUAUAGAGCAUGGGCUGUUGACAAAAAAAAUCUCUUUCAUGAUACAUCAGUGAUACAUGAGUUGAGGGGAUAAAGUUGGUGAAGAACAAUUUUUUCUUGCUAAUUAUAACGUACAUAUAUGCAUUCAUGCUGUUAUUAAGUCAUCAAUAGAUAUUCAUGUUCAUCUCUGACAAAUAUAUAUAUUACAUGGUUAACCUGGCAGAUAUAAUAAUAUGAAUCUGCAUUAGGUUUUAUGAUGCUUUUAGUUCAGAACUCUAAACACACCUCCUUUGUUCUAGACUCUUCCGGACUUUAUUCUCCCAAGUGUUUUUCUUCUAAAAUAAUUGCCAUUCAUGUUUACCUUAUGACUGUAUAUGAUGCACAGUAUGCACUAACAAAACAUGCACUUCUUAUUUGUUCUGGAUUUUCCGUACUUUAAUUUUCCCAAGAUUUCCUUUCAAAAGAAUUUCCAUACAUUCUUGGUUUAUGAUUUUUCUUUAGGUUCAAAGCUAUGACAACACCUUCAUAAAGUACAUUUGUCUUUGGGGGUGCAGUGUAGCUAUUCUUAUAAUUUGUACUUAAAACUGCAGUAGAAAAUACUGAAAAUAUAAAUGUGUAUAUUUAACAUGAGUUUUUUGUAAUAUAUAGACGCAAUCGUCGAAUAUUUUCUAUCUGUAAUUUCAUCUUUAAUGGAAUGGAAUAUGAGAAUUAAAUCAAGAUUUACUUGACAAUGAUUUACUUGUUUGCAUGUAAUGUGGUAUUUUGGUACUUGGUCCUACUUCAUUUAUCUAUGCUCACGGUGAAAGCACAUAUAACUUACUAGAACGAGCAAAGUUGCUAUUUGCUAUUUCCAAAUAUUAAGUUAUCUCAAGUUCCUGACCGUUGAGGGGAUUGGCCUGGAGAAAUUGCAACGGGAGAGCACCAAGCUUGUCAAUUUUGUAAGAGUUCCAAUCCUUCAAGGAAUCGGCUGCAUAGUGUAGUUACAAUUGGUCAAAUCUAAUAAGUUUCAAAUUUGCAAGAUUGCCAAUCUGGUAAGGUACCAGUCCAGGGAAAUUGCAUUCAGAGAUUUCCAAACUCAACAGAUUGCCAAUCUACUAAUUGAGAGAAGUCAUAGCCAUGUAGCUUCAAAGUUGCCAGUUGUGUAAAGAUUGCCAAUCCAAGACAUGGCUUCUCCAAUCCCAUCCGUAAAGUUGCAGUUUAUUCGUUGGUGGAAGCUUAUGUAUAUAGCUCCUUGGAAAUUCCUUUCAUGCUAUGGCCCAAAUUCUUCAAAGACGUGAGUUUGGCAAGUGAAUACAGUAUAUUACUCCCUCCAUCCUAUAAUGUAAGACAUUUUUUGACCCUAGUGUAGUAUUAAAAAAUGUCUUAUAUUAUGGGACGGAGGGAGUACAAGAUAAAGUGGUCUUUUCUAGAUUUAAUGUUCCCAAGUUAUUUCCAACUGAGAAAUCUGGUACAAAUCUAGUGUCCUCAAACAUUUUGUGUGGAAGAUGUUGUUCAAAACCAUCCUUCGAAACUAACAGUGAUUGAUAAUUUGAUUUGAUGCAACAGAUCACAGUACACAAUUAAGCUGGCAAAAAUAUAUCCCUUUCCAUUCAUCAUCCCUGGUUUACGCAUUCGUGCCAGGAUUGGAGUCGCCUACUCUGAACAAUUGCUUUCUAUCCUGAAUUUCAUCAGCCUCCUGCAUUUUUUGGCUUGUGGAAUUUCAAUCUGAGUGCUCACGCUAUUGAUAGUUUAGGUUGAGAUUGCUGCUAUCAGCUUUAUAGCUGUAUAAUCGACGCCAAGUGCGUCUUGGUUUCAGCCCAGUUAUCAAGAGAAAACCUCAGGCAGAGUUCAAGUCACCAAAAUAUAAGCGCUUCAUUUGUUUAGUUGAUAGCAUGAGCUGUUAUCUUUGAUCAUCGUGUACAAAACAAACCAGAUAGAUACUACUCCCUCCGUUGAAUAUUAUAUGAUGUUCUAACUUUUUUCUAAAUCGGAUCUAUGUAGGCACGCUUAGUGUGUUUAUUCACUCAUUUCUGUCCGUAUAUAGUCCAUAUUGGAAUAUCCAAAACAUCUUAUAAUAGUGAACGGAGGGAGUAUCUACCAAAGAAAAUGGAUUUGCUAUAUACUCUUCUCUGACAAGUGCGGCACGUAAACAUUCUGUGUAUCCUAUUUUUAGGGGAAAAAAAUGUAACACACUGCAUAUUAUGUGUGAUUGUAUAUACCAUAAGGUUGAUCAAUGCAGGCAAGCCAGUGCAACCAAAGGAAGCAAAUAAGUAACUUCUGCCAUAGAAAAGUGGCUUAUUUAAGCGGUUUCAUCUAACAAAUACAACCCAUAUGCAUCCUCAAAAAAAGUACAACCCAUAUGCUCACGGCAUAUCUUUUUUCAGGAAGAAAAUUGAAUACAGUACCUAGUAGAAUGCUCCAUUAUUACAUAUGGAUUCAUGAUUGCUUGCAGACCCAUCCUUCCAUGUGGCAAUACACUCGUAACAAGAAUGACAAUGCAAAGCCGACUCCAAAUCCCAAGCCAACAAACGCAAACAAAAGGAUAACGCCGAGUUUGUCCUGCCACAAGCUGUCAGAUUCUGGAGGAGGCACUUUACUUGGAGAAACUGAACUUUGAUUGUCACAGUGUUUGGAGAGUGGAACUCCACAGAGCCCUGCACUACCUUCAAAUGAACUGUUGGAAAAUGUGCGCCAUUAGUAACUUGGUCCAAACAUUCGCCCGAAUGCACCCCCUGUAGAC